UCAAUCAGGAAACCAGCAAGAAGAAAGCGAGAGAUCGCCAUGUCUGUAAUUGCAGCUUUCUAUGGUGGCAAGUCAAUACUCAUCACUGGAGCCACAGGCUUCAUGGGCAAAGUGCUGGUGGAAAAACUACUUCGUACCAGCCCAGACUUGAAAGUUAUUUAUAUCCUUGUGAGGCCCAAAUCUGGACAGUCUCUGCAACAGAGGGUAUCCCAGAUGAUUAACUGUAAGCUUUUUGAAAAGGCCAAAGAAAUUUGCCCAAAUAUCUUGGAGAAGAUCAGGCCUAUUUAUUCAGAUCUCAUGAAGCCAGAUUUGGGCAUCAGCAAGGAAGAUUUAGAGGAGCUCCUGAGCCAUACCAAUAUCAUCUUCCACUGCGCAGCAACAGUUCGCUUUGAUGAUCCAUUAAGACAUGCUUUGCAACUCAACGUCAUUGCCACCCAGCAGCUUCUGCUCAUGGCCAGCCAGAUGUCAAAGCUUGAAGUCUUCAUCCAUUUCUCCACUGCCUAUGCAAACUGUAACCUGAAGUACAUUGAUGAAGUUAUCUACCCAUGUUCUGUGGAACCCAAGAAACUGAUUGACUCAGUAGAGUGGUUAGAUGAUUCAAUCAUUGAAGAAAUCACACCCAAGUUGAUUGAGAAUCGUCCCAACACUUAUACAUAUACCAAGGCCUUGGGAGAGAUGGUGGUGCUUCAAGAAUGUGGGAAUUUAAAUGUUGCCAUCAUAAGACCAUCCAUUGUUGGAGCUAGCUGGCAGGAGCCUUUUCCAGGUUGGGUGGAUAACUUAAAUGGACCAAGUGGACUCAUUAUUGCAGCUGGGAAAGGGUUUCUACGGGCUAUAAAGGCCACUCCACGAGCUGUGGCAGAUGUGGUCCCAGUGGAUCUAGUCAUUAACCUCACCCUGGCAGUAGGGUGGCACACUGCAGUUCACAGGCCAAAAUCCAUUUUAAUCUAUCAUUGCACAAGUGGAAGUCUCAAUCCUUGUUUAUGGACAGAACUGGGAGUCCACGUUUUAGCCAGUUUUGAGAAAACUCCCCUUGAGAAAGCAUUUAGGAGGCCAUAUGCUGACUUCACAACCAACAAGUUCUCAAUUUACUUUUGGAAUACUCUUAGUCACAUGGCUCCAGCAGUGAUGUAUGACUUUUAUCUUCGCCUCACAGGCAGAAAGCCCAGAAUGGCAAAACUCAUGAAUCGCAUGUUGAAAACCAUUUCCAUGUUGGACUACUUCAUCAAUCGCAGUUGGGAAUGGAGUACAUACAAUACAGAAAUGUUAAUGUCUCAGCUGAGUAACGAAGACCAGAAAUUAUUCAACUUUGAUGUGCGCCACCUGAAUUGGUUGGAGUACACUGAAAACUACUGCUUGGGAAUUAAGAAAUACCUACUGAAAGAGGAUAUGGCUGGGAUUCCUGCAGCAAAGAAACAUUUAAGAAUGCUCAGAAACAUUUACUACCUCUUUAACACAGUCCUCUUCCUCAUCAUCUGGCGCUUUUUCAUUGCAAGAUCACAGAUGGCUCGGAAUAUCUGGUACUUCGUGGUGAGCCUCUGCUAUAAAUUCCUUUCCUACUUCAGGGCAUCCAGUACCUUCAGGCACUGAGAACAAUCAAAGUUUAUCCAUCUUCUGUUGAGCUCCUUGAACACAACAAACUGUGUCUAUCAAGUAUUACAAAUCACGUAGGAGCUUGUCCUUUUACCUAUUACAGGACAUAUGCGUAGUCACAUAUUCAUCUAAACUCCUAAUUGUAUUUUCUUGAUUCAUAUGUUGUGCUUUAUCUUCCAGAGGAUGCCUAGUGAAAUAAAACCUCAUUGCAAUCUCGUAAGCCAUAAUCACGAACCCUACUGAAAAAAUGAUCCUGAAAUAAUUUCCUAAUACUGUAUUUGACAUUUAUGUGUGCGGAACAACUUAACUUUUUUCUCCCUUCUAGUUUUGAUGUUUUUUUUUUUUCUGUGCUACAUUUUGAUGUGAAUUUUAAAAGCACAAAAUAUAUAACAAGAGUUGAAAAAUGUGAAUUUUUAAGAGCAAGGUUACACUGUGGCACCCUUCUGGGAAUUAAAUUUAUAAGUUAAAAAAUAAAAAUAGGCAACUCAACUCACUAACAAGUGCUGUAGGAGACAUUGUUAACUUUUUAACUUUCUCCCCUUUCCUCUCAAUGUGAUUAAUAUUUUCAAGUUCCGGUAGAAAAGUUUUUUAACUAGGAAGUAAAUAUUACCAAGAAAAAAUACUCAAAUGAUCACAUUUUUAUGUGUUUUAAACAAGACUCUGACUUUAUGUAAUUUGGAUUUAAACACUAGUAUUCAAAUUCCUUUUAAUCACUACUCCCCUAGCAGCUUAUUACUUCUUUUUAGCUCAUUUCUCUAGCCUCUCCUAUUAUUACCACUGUGCUAUCUGCAACUACUUUCUCUGUAAAUUCUAUUUAUAGUUAAGCCCUGUUCCACUAUUACUUCAAUUAGGGCAAAUGGUGGGAGUGGUUUUCAAAGUAUCUAAAAAACAUUUCCCAAUUGAAAAUUGUGAAAUAUUAUAAGGUAUUAAGUAAAGCAGGAUUUGAAAAUAAGUAUUUAUCAUAGUUCUUAAGUGAGGGAAAAGGGUAGAGGGAGCAGGCACUUAUUCCACACCUGCUAAAUUUAAAAUAUUGCUCUAUUAAUGAGUAACCAGAGAGGCCUAGCUGACCCAAUGUUAAGUGUACUAUGUA